AAUUCAACCAACCAGUAUUGACAAAUGAUUUCUCGCAAGAAUAGAAAGAUUAAGUAGCUUCGGGAUUUGCAAUCAUGUAAAUGGGAGUGAGAUGUGUGCACGAUAGGUUGUCGUUUAUUCUUAGUCAGUGACCAAAUGUAAACUGUUCGUGUUUCCAUUCAAAUACAAUGAAAACAAUCGUAAUCUUCUUAAUCAUUGCAUUCAAUAUUCAGUGUGAAUCAUCUGCGAGUAAAACUCGUGCAGCAGAAGCUAAAAAGCAGUCACAACUGGACCAUAUUGAGUUAUCGUACGAUGAAUGGAAUUACAAAGAUUACGAAGAAAAUGAAAAAGUCCGCAGCUCUGAAUCAUCCAGCAGUUCUGACGACUCUUCGGACUACUACAGCUGGUCUCCCAAAGGUGAAAAUAAACACACGGAUCGCAGAUUAGACACCCUGAGUACCGAAAAAGAAAUCGAUUCUAAAGACGCAAAUGAAACCGUCCCUGUCAUCACGACCCCUAAUCCUAAUAAAACCGUAUCAAUAAUUGUAGACCUUCCGACUAUUAUCAGCGGCGAUGAAGAUGGAAUUAUUAAAGUUGAUGGUCAUCAAGUUGGAGAUGAGGCUGACCCAGAACUUGUAUCGAAUCAAACACUCAGAAUAUUAGCUAGUAAUAAAGGCAUCUACAUAAACGAUAGAUCAAUUUCUUCCAAAACUUGGGACGGUGAUUCGAUGGCGAAACUGAAUAUCACUGCUAGAAACGUUACAACAUUUUCUUUGCAAGUAUUUUCCGAUGGUUCGUUGAAUUACACCGAUAGUUCAACUCUUGUAAAUAUUUUUUACUCCGCUCAGGGAAAUGAUAUCAUACCUCCGUAAAAGUAUUAAAUGAGAGAAUCUCCUUGAACUAAAAACUCGUUAGGUACCUACCUAUUCUAAAUUUUGAUCAAUUUUUUAUACCAUCAGUUUCCGUGUAAUUCUCACUUUCUUCAUCUCUUCUUCCUCCGCCUCCGCCUGUAAAAAAAAAAGAUUGUUCCUUUCUUGUUCACCUGAUAAUUGUUUUUUUUUUGGUCACUCGUACAUAGAUUCGGUAGCUCAAUUUGCAUAUGAGACCUCUCGCAUUUUCCUGUUCGAUAAAAAAUAAUGUGCAUUCGUAUUUCGUAUCCGUGAAUUGUGGGUUCUUUCCUCAAGCAGCGAUGAAAUUUUUUGGAAAAUUGGUCUUUUAAUUUGAGGUUUUUGCAAUUCUUUUCUCCUAUUCGACGUACGAUUGUGGUUCAUCGGAAAAGGUAAAUUUUAAAAAAAAAGCUCGUCGUUGGAGACGAAUUUACAUAUAUCUUGCCUUUGUGGUUUUUUUGUACUUAAGGGUUUUUAGUAUAGGUAUAGGUACUGUUCUUGCGUUUUUUCCAUCAGUUUUUCAUUUCGUGGCCCAUUUCAUUUGUAUUUAUGCUGUGAAAAAUCCCUCGUAUGAAAUUGUCGAUUCGGCUCAUUCAUUUUAUUAGGCAGUGGUUUCAGCUCUCACCUUUUUUUAAAAAUAUAGUUAUUAUUUCUAAGAUUGAGUAAUUUACUAGGUACCUUGUAUGUAAUUUGUAUAUUUUUGGAAUUGGUAAAAAUUAAGGAAAUUUAUAAUUUCCUAAAACUCAUGUGAAAUCUUUAACGAGCACAUAUUAUAUGUAUUUUGACGAGAAAAAUUGUUCAAUACAUUUGAUACAAGUAAAGUUAAGUAUGUCUCACAAAAA